UCACAACAUCAGCUGUCAAGAUGGCGCACAGCCUGACAGAGUUAGAAGUUCCCUUGGACGCCGACCAAGACAGGGACCUAGAGAAGGGUGCACUGAGGCGGUGCAGAGGACGACCCAGACUCACGGACUCCGACCGAGCACAGAGGCGUCUUGAAUCCCGAAAGAAGUACGACGUGAGGAGGGUGUACCUGGGAGAGUCGCACAAGCUGUGGAGUGAGCUCCGCAGAAGGACCAGUCUGAGUGAUGCUGGACUGGCAGAGUAUUUGAUCCUGCUCAACACCACCUAUGGAGAACGAUACCAGCAGAAAGACUGCGGGAAGAAGAUUGCUACAGAAGUCUCAGUAAAAGAGAAAAAAGGCAGGAAGGAGUGCGUGUCCAGCCUCCAGAGCCUGGUGUGCUGGUACCAGGAGCACUCCCGCUCCUGCCCUCAUGAGCCCCAGCUCAGAGCCCUGGAGCCCCAGCCCAACUUCUCCACCGCUGCUAUCUGGCAAUGUGACUCGGACCACUCGUUCGUGCAAUACCUUUUCUCACCACCGAGGGAGGCGAGUGACUCCGAGCAAGAGGAGGGAGUGAACGAAGAGGGCGAUGAAGAGAUAGCAACAAAAACAGACACGGCCACGGAUAAAGGUGUGGGCAGCAGGACGAGAAGAAAGAAGGCUCAGAAAGAGUUCAGAGAUGUGGAAGAAAAUGUGGAUGUUUCUGAGGAACAACAUACAACCAUGAGCCCUGUAGAACAGGUGGCAGCUCUAGACCUCCAUCCCAGUAUAGAGGCCUCCUCCGUGGAUGUUCCAAUGACAGGACAGCCUGUCUGGGAGAUGGAGAUGGUCAUAGAGCGACAGCAAGGCUCCCCAGCAGCAGCCUUUAACUCCAUCCCCUCAGAAGAGGAGGAGGAGGAGGAGGAGGAGGAUGCUGAGGAGGCUGAGGAUCUGAGGCGAGGCACAGACGGAGAAGAAGAGAUCAGGACUGCACCGCUUGGAUAUGAGUGUGUUACCAUGACGCCGUCCCUAGCUGUUAAACUGGGGAAGAUGGACGAGGACUCUUUGCUGUCGCAGAGCUUGAGUGGCUCAGCCGGACUUGGGGCUCAGCCUGAGCUGUCUGUCUCGCAGCCAAUGCAGGUAGAAGAGCAGAGCGAGCUGUUUGACCCUCAGACCCUGCAGACAGUGGUGACCAGCUGUGAGAUUCCUGACCAGAGGACCACUUUAGAAGGCUCACAGUUAAUUAUCAUCACUGGCCCCAGCUACGAGGCCCUGGCAUCAGAGGGCAUCCAGCUCAACAUGGGCGGCGGAAACGUGGAGGAAGUCACCUGCACCGUCAUCGGCGGCGUCACCUACAACCAGGUGUCUGAGUCGAAACUCAGAGCAGCCGAGGAUGAAGACUCCAUGACAGGUUUGAGUGACAAGCAGCUGCUGCAGCCCACAGAUGACGCUUUGGAGCUGAGUAGUGACAGAGAGCUGCAGCGGGGUCUGAGCGGUGUUCGAUCAAAGAGAAACAGGCGAGGCCCAGUCAUUGAAGCAGAUGGGAUGCUCAAGAUGUUCCACUGUCCAUACGAGGGCUGCAGUCAAGUCUAUGUAGCUAUUAGCAGCUUUCAGAAUCAUGUCAACCUAGUUCACAGGAAAGGCAGGACCAAGGUUUGCCCCCAUCCAGGCUGUGGAAAAAAGUUCUACCUGUCCAACCACCUGCAUCGCCACAUGAUCAUCCACUCAGGGGUCAGAGAUUUCAUCUGCGAGACAUGCGGAAAAUCGUUUAAGCGUAAGAAUCAUCUGGAGGUCCACAGGCGGACCCACACUGGAGAAACGCCACUCCAAUGUGAAAUCUGUGGCUACCAGUGCCGCCAGCGUGCGUCGCUGAACUGGCACAUGAAGAAGCACACCUCAGAGGCCCACUACAACUUCACCUGUGAGUUCUGCGAGAAGAGGUUCGAGAAGUUGGACAGUGUUAAAUUCCACAAGCUAAAGAGCCAUCCGGACAAGCAGGCUACCUGAGGCGUCCAGACACCUGGCAGAUAGGAGCUAAACACGAACAGGUUGGCCCUCGGAAACCAAAGGAAGACUUUCCAGUGAAGAGACAGACACUCCUUUGCUCCGAUUGUCUGGCCUCUCAUGUCCAGGAUGAUAUGAACAUCACCUGUGAACACUUGUAAUGGAUGAAGUGGACCAGUCUAACAGCUGUGCAGGACACAAGCUGUUUCAGAGUACAGGGCCCAAACGUGGGUUUUGAACAUUUUUGGUACGGUGAGGAAACGGCUUAAUCCACUGUUGAUUAAUGAUGUUCAGUUGACCGUUUGCUAAACUCCUGCCCCAAACAGCUCAUAGCUUAACAACAGAAAGACACAGCAGUUUGGUCAAACUUUGGAUUCCUCCAAGUUUUUCUACCUUUUGUUUCUUUGUUACUUUCUUUUUUAAACCUUUACAAAACCCCAAAUCACAAGAUUAAAAGAGUAAGGAAUGGAUAUGAUUACCGGCCGCAAACAUUAGCAUGGCCAGCUAACCAGCUCACUAUCUAGAAUAGCAAUCUGUUAUUCCUUCAAAUGGCAGCUGUAUUCCACUACAUUAUUUUUUGUUGUUACAUGUUACAUUUAGAAAAAAGCCCUGUUCACAAUUAGCGCAUCCACUGUGUAGUAUUGCGGGAGCUAGUCCAGAAUGCUACUAUAUCAGUUAGGCUAACGUAAGCAGGAAAGUAGAUAUUCCAGCAACUCAAGCUAAACUUGUUAUCCGUGAUAGCGCUACAUUCACCAAACACAUGGGCAUUUUUUCCUCAGUAAACUGGAUAAACUAAAAUGACCAUUAGAAAUAUAGCUAAAUCCAAGGGCCUGUCUUGCUUGUCUGAGUGUGCAGGCUGAGCAGCUAACGUUUAGCAGAGUUACGUAGGAACAAAAGAACAGUCUCAUUUUUACUAUACUUAAAAUACUAUGAAUAACAAGUUAUUUACUGCAAUGCUGUUCCUCUAUUUCCAUGGGUUCUACAUGAAUCAUCAGGUCGACCGGAGACAGCGUUUUCAGCCAACUUUUGUAGCUUACGUUAUUUGAAUUAGCUAGCUAGCUACAGCUGAAAAAAAUAUUUCAGCGACGGCCAACAUUUUAGCCCGCAAAUUCGAUGGUUGUUGGCUACAAAUGAGGAGCCUCCAUUUUUGUACCUUUUCUGAAAUCAAAUACCCGUUGUUUAAUAAAAGUAUUACAAAUUUUAAGGGGGGCUAACAAACAGUCAAUUCAAAGUUUGACAUAAAAUAUUUUCCAUUAAAGGAAACUUUUUUUGUAGAUCUUGUGUUAUGCAGUGAUGUAAAGGGCACAUCAUUUGAUAUUAAAUCGGUAAAAAAUGCAAAACACUGGUAUAGUCCAUUAAUAAUGAAGACCUAAAUAUGAUUGCUGGGUUUAUUAAUACACCACAUAGAAAGAUUACUGAUGUGUGUUGCAAUACGCUGCUUGUACCGAUACAAAUGUAGGUUCUUCAAUUUCAGACGUUCAAAAAUGUAGCUUCUGGCGUGUGGGCAAGGAGGGCAGUUUUUAUCCUACAUUUCCCUCAUUAUUUGUUUCCCAUGCCAAUGUCCUGACUAACAGACUCCGAUAAGAAAUCUUUUAAAGUGACAGUUUCUCAGGAAAUUCACCCCAGUCAUCUUCUUGUGUCUCUUUCUUGUUUUCUCUGUCCUUUAGUUUCUCAGCAAAUGCACUUUUUACCUCUCCCCACAGUUUUGUUAACUGAUGAAUCACUCAAAUAUGUGAGUAUGAGUUGUGUUUGUAUUGUAUGUUUUCUGAAAGACAUUGGUUUUAACACAAAUGGUCAAUAAUAUGCAGUGCUUUCUUGCCUCUUGCAUAACUUGCUCAAAGGGUGUGUGUAUGUGUUUGCGUUAUUGACGUGUGUUUGAAGUGUGGGUGUGCAUGAAUAGCAAGAAAUGGCAUGAAAAGCCAAAGUAUCAUGACACUUAGUCAUAAAAUGACAGAUACUGGACCCAUUCAGUCAGCUGAAUGUUGGACAUGCAAAAGGUUUCUGGAUGAUGUUUUAUAAGGUGAAGAAGGAAAGAUGAGUAGUCACAUUUUGGAUUUGAAUAGUGACAUGUUUAUUGAUAAAAAAUGGAUUUUGAAAUAGAGUAUGUGAGGAUGUAUUAUUAUUUAUUAAUUUACUUCGUGCAAGCCAAUUCCACGCCUAUUCUUUGCACUUAGAAAGUUCAUGUCGCCAAUAACGAGCUGUGACUUAUCAUCAGUAUUCUACUGCUGUAAAUCAUUUCUCCUUCUCUCUUCUUUGGCCGUUGAGUCAGUAAUUGCUGCCUGUCAAUCUCUCUGUGUUCUUUUAUCUUUGCUUGAAAUGAUUCAAAAGAAGCAAAUGUCUCACUGAACUAUGUAUGAAAUAUGAGGCCAAAGUCUGAGGGGCAUUUAUUUCAGAAAUUCUGGUGGUGGAGACUCCACCUGACAGCUGUUACUGUGUUUCAGG